CCUGUCAGAAUAAAUCACUGGCUCCUCCGACUGAUACAUUAAAACAAUAGUGUUAGCUGUGUGUUAGCCGAGUGCUAGCUAACUGUCUUUGAUGAACGAGUGUCGCAGUGAGACUUUGUUGUUUUGUCAUCGAUUCAGUCUUCAGUUCUCCGGCAGCUCGGUGGCUAACUGCUAACUGCUAACUGCUGACGAGGACGUUUAAAGUUCAGCGGAUGUGACGCGACGACCUGGUGUUGCUUUGCGUCCUCCGGUGGGCGGGGCCUGUGAGCAGAGACAUGUAAACAGCUCACACGCCAGUUCGCUCGUCUCGACCGUCAGUGCAGAUCACGCGCCCAAUGUCGGUGAGUGUCAGUGUCAUCUGAUCCACCGACGGUCUGUUGUGACGUGGACGCGGAAGGUCGGUGCCGUUGUCCCGGGCCCCACGUGGCGUCUCAGCGGAACCACAGCGAACUUCACUAUCCGUCAGGGUUCCUUUGUUUGAUCACUGCUCUCACCUGGCGACCAUGUGAAGGCUCCUCAUCUUUGCCUCCACCUGAGAUCGGAGUUGUUAACGUGUGUGAGCCUCCGACUCUCAACGUGUUUCUACUCUGGUGGUUCGUCAGCGUUUUCGCUCUGUGAAGCCGUCAGCCCUCGUUUCUCCAACGAUCAGUCGAUCAGCCGACGAUGGCAGAGGCGGCGGCAGAUCUGCUCGUCGACCCGACUCUCACCACGGAAACCGUCUCCAAGGAACUGAUCAUAACCACGGCGCCGGAGGGGCGGGGCCGGACGCCAGGGUCGGACACCGGAGCCAAGGAUCCCAGCAGUAAUGGAGAAACUGAUGAAGCCCCACAGGAGGAGGAGGAGGAGGCCACGCCGCCGCUGUCAUCCGACGAUGGGACGAUGACUGUCGUCACCACAGAAAAAGAGUCUCUGUCGGCGCUGCUCGGAAACACGGAGCCUGACGAGCGACGACACCGAGGAGGAGACGCAGGUCUGGAACUGGACAAUGGCUCGUCUGCAGCGGGCGGCUCGGAGGACCAGCGGGAGUCCGCGGACACCCCGUCCUUCUCCAUCCCCAGUCUGGUGCUGUCAGACGGGGCCGCGGUUGCAGGAACGUCCCUAGACGUGGAGGACGGUCCGUCCACGUCCUGCUCUGGGGCCGCAGAGGGCAGCUCUCUAACCACCGAGCUCCCGGAACUGAAGGAUGGCGAGAGGCUGGAAGCCGCAGGGGGCGCUGCUGCUCCGGUGUACUACCUGGUGAAGUGGAUCACCUGGAAGGAGAAGAAGACACCCAUCAUCACGCAGAGUGAGAACGGACCCUGCCCCCUGCUGGCGAUCAUGAACACGCUGUUCCUGCGCUGGAAGGCAAAGCUUCCUGCUCAGACUGAAGUGGUCACCACUGAGGACCUGAUGUCUCACCUGGGAGAGUGUGUGUUGUCUGUCACACCCAGAGAGAAAACUGACGGGAUGGAGCUCAACUUCCAACAGAACAUGAGCGAUGCGAUGGCCGUCCUACCGAAACUCUCCACUGGUCUGGACGUGAAUGUCCGUUUCACUGGAGUGACGGACUUUGAAUACACACCUGAGUGUAUCGUGUUCGACCUGCUGGACAUCGCACUGUACCACGGCUGGCUGGUCGACCCGCAGAGUCCAGAGAUGGUGGCUGCUGUGGGGAAACUGAGUUACAACCAACUGGUGGAGAAAAUCAUUGACUACAAACAUUCUGCAGACAGCAGCCGAGUCAGUGAAGGUCUGGUGGCAGAGCAGUUCCUGGAGUCGACAGCGACCCAGUUGUCGUAUCACGGUCUGUGUGAACUAAACACGACGGCGAAAGACGAAGAGAUUUCUGUUUUCUUCAGAAACAACCACUUCAGUACCAUGAUCAAACACCAGGGUCACUUGUACCUGCUGGUGACAGACCAGGGCUUCCUGCAGGAGGAGGCGUUGGUCUGGGAAUCCCUCCACAACGUCGAGGGCGACGGGAACUUCUGUGACUCCCACUUCAGACUGUGUCAUCACAGAGCCCCGCCCACUUCAGCCCCGACCCCGCCCUCCACACAGGAGCUACAGAGACAGAUCGACCAGGACUACCUGGUGGCGGUGUCCCUGCAGCAGCAGCAGGGCGGGGCCCCGGGGCCCCUCAGUGACCUGGAGUUGGCCCGACAGCUCCAACAGGAGGAAUACCAGCAACAGCAGCAACUACAGCAACAACAGCAACCGCAGCAACAACAGCAACCACAGCAGGCUGGAGCAACUCAGACUCAGCCGGUCAGAGGUCAAGGGUCACAGCAGGCCAGGAGGAGAGACAAGGACUCGGACUGCGUCGUCCUAUAGACUCUUUAUCCUCGUCAUCAUCUGUAACACACACACACACACACACACACCUACCUACACCUGAUGCCAAACCCCAGUGCUUUGUCCAACAUGAGACGUUUUGAUUCCAGCUUUCGUCUGGUGAUGACGAAACUUUAUAACAUGUGACUCAUGUUUAUAUAACUCACGUGUUUAUUCAUGUGAUUAACGAUGAUAAAGGUUAAACGUUUGAA